UCAUUUAGAAAAUGAAAUACAUAAGGUGCUUGUCCAAUGGACGGAAGCUGAAUUAGUUAAGAAGAAGUAUUCCUCCAUCAGACAAGCUCUCAUCGAGGACUCGGUGAAGUUUGAAAGCUCCCUCGGCCAUAUAGAAGAACUGCUGAAAAAGCAACAGGAAGAAAUUAAAAAGAUUGAAUGUGUGAGAGCGGAGGCGUCAGAGACGCGUGUCCGGGCAGCGGCUGCGGCCGCAGAAGAAGCUGCGCGUGCGCAUGCCGCGGAGCACGGCCGUGCUGCAGAACGAGCGUACUUCGCACACCGUUUCCAAGAGCGACGACAAGAGCUGGAGAAGCUAGAAAAGAGGAUAUUUCCACCUCCUGUGCGUCCUGUUCUUCACGAGGAGACGAACGGCUCGGUAGAUGGUGACGUUGAAGAGGAGGCGUCCGCCGCCGCGCAAAUGGAAGAUAUAUUUCAAGCCUUAAUGAAACUCACAGGAGUAUCGGAGCCAGAGGAUGUGCUGGUGCGGUUCAAAGCACAGCGCGAGACGUGCCGGCGGCUGGGCUGGCUGCAGCGCGGCGCAGAGGAGGAGAAGCUGCGCUUGGAGCAGGCGCACGCGGCGCUGCUCGCGGAACUUGAAGGCUUCAAGUUCGCCUCCGUUAAGGAUAAAGACGAAGGUCAAGAUCUAAUAAACGAGCUUAAAAUCGAAAUAGAAAAAGAACAGCAAGUUUACAAUGAAGUACAGAAUAAGAUGGAAGAAGUUGACUCCUUCUUGUUGGAGAUUAAGAGAUUGUUGUAUGAUUUGUGUAAAUUGCUUGACGUGAUUCCUGAGCCAUGUAUACCAGAGUGGACGGCAGAAGCGAGAGAUAUUCAAGAUAUAAUGUCUGUUCUUGCAGCUCGCUUUGAGAAAGCGCGCGCCCGCGCUCUGCUUAUCAAGGAGAAGCGAACUGAUUCUACAGCGAUUGUGGUGCCAUCUAACACGACGAGCGCAGCGCCGUCUGUCGGUGGGCUGAGCGCUUACAGCCACAGCACGCCGAAGGAAUCCGAGAAAGCAAUACCGACUUACAAAGAACUUGUACAAAGGGAACCUGUUAAAGCUCCUGUAUCGGACGAGGAAGAGGAUAUACCAUCACGCUGCUACCUGAAGAGACAAGCACAACUUAUUGUAGACACCAAGUGUCGUAGGAAAGGGUUCCGACCGCCGUAUCCUAGGAAAUAAUACUUACUAAACUACAACUAAAUGAGAAGUUUAGAUGGAUGUUUGGAGUUGUCCUAAAACGCUCA